CUGUUUCAUUUGAUGAAUACCAAAAUUACAAUACUGAUAAGAUAUAGUGAUGAUAUUGCUUAUAAAGAUACUAAUAUAUAUAAUUUUGCUAAGAUAAUCAGGUUUUUUGGCAUGUCGGAGCUUUUUUCUGAUGAUUUACUGAAUAGUUGCAAUAUAUUGAGAAAUAUAAACAAUGUUAUACUUUCUUGCAGAAUAUCAAAGGACAUAAGUAUCAUAAUCGCGAAGACUUUUAUAAUGAUGUGGAAUUAUUAUGGAAGAACAGUUUAACAUUUAAUGGAGCUGAAAGUCAGUUUACCAGAAAAGCAAAAGAAAUAGUAGAAGCAUGCAGAGCUGCUCUUGACGAGCAAGACGAACAACUGACGCAACUGGAGCAUGCCAUUGCAGCCGUACAGGAAGCGGCUCUCGAUGCGGCCGAAACGGAUUCGGUCGUCACUGGAAAUUCUGCACCUCACGAAGACAGCAUGAUGAUGGAAGAUAAUACUAAAGAUGAAGAGAUGCAAGACAAGAUAUCUCAUAGUUUUAAUCAGGGUAAAGAUGAUCAAGAAUUUAUGGAAGGAGAUUAUGAAGAAGAAUCUAUGUCUUAUUAUCACCAAAGACAUACCGGCGAAGGUGACGACGGCAGCGUUCUUGCCAAAGAUCUACAAAUAACUCCUGAGAAUUCAGAUAACGAAGGCAGCGAUUUGGGCAUCAGCGAGAGUGAUGAAGAAGGAAGAGAAAUGUCCGACUUGGUGGAACAAGAAAACAGUCUGAUUGUGGUGGAAGAUGGUAACAUCGCGUAUCAGGAGGAAUCUGUCAAUGUAGAUAAUGAAGUCAUCGACGAAAAUUACGAUCCUUCUGAUUUUCUCCUGAGAGGGCAGUAUGAAUUUCAGCAGAAUAAAGAAGAGAUGCAGAUCGAGAAUACUGAGAACGUUAUAACGAACGACCUGGCCGUCUCGGACUCUGAGGAAGAGAUGGCUGUCAGACAGGAUUCUUCAGAUAGAAAUGAAGACGAAGAAGUAGAUCUUUGGUUUUAAUUAUUUAGUUUCGUGUGACCUUUGUCUUAAUGUCUAGGUAUCUUAUCAGUUAAAACCAAAGUCUUGGUACAUUGAGAAUUAUAAACAUGACUUCAACACUUCAAAAACACAUGAAACCUGGAUUUUAACAUCUAAUGUAUUCAAAAACAUACAACAGAAUACUACCAAAUUACCAUCAAAACCCAUCCAUAUAAGAUUUUAAUGUAUAUAAUCUCAUUUUAUUUAUCAAAAAUUCUACUGCGAUACAAAAAACAUGAGCAUAAUUUUUAAAAUUAGGACGGAGAGUCGCGCUUUAUGCUCUUCUUCAUUUGAUAUGUUUAGUUUACAUAAGUCCUCUCAAUGCCGUUUUUAUACAUUAUAAUCUUGAUAAAUUGUCAUGGAUAUAAUGUAUAAAAACUGCAAGAUUGCUUGAGGAACCAGUGGCAAAAACAUGUUAAUGUUAUCGCAUACGAAUAUGUACAUAACUAUAACUUUUUUGGUAAUAUUUUAUUUGAGAGUUGUCUAGUAUAGAAGAUUAGACAAAAUGAUUUCAACAUUAUAUCCAUGACAAAAACUGUUAUCAAAAUCCUUACCGUAAUUUGGUUGGACUUCACUUGGCAGUUGAAUUUGCACGCCACAUUCUCUAAUCUGUCGACCAAUCUAUCCAUGAAAUCUAAUUAUUUCUACAAAUUUCUCCAAUCUCAGUCUUUAUAACUAGCCCCAAAAACUGCAUGACAAAGUUGUCUCCUGUGAAAAUCAUUUUGACUGAUCUUGUAUAUGUUUUUGGGAAUUGGAUACGUACGUGAACUUCAUUUUUUAUGGUUUUAAGAUUUUAAAAAAACAAACUAUUAAGAAAUCAUAAGAAACAUUUUAAAUUGUUAUGAUUUCCUGUACGUCAGUCUGAGCUUUGUACAUUUGCAGAAAUCAACUGUGAUGUUUUUUAGUACCAAUUAUUGUUUUAACAAUAAAAUUGUUCCAUAUACAUGUAUCUAGAGUACA